AUGAUAGAAUCAAUUUUAAUUUUUAAUCAACAAGGCAAACCCCGAAUAAUAAAAAAUUAUGACGAUAAAAUAAAUAAAUCUGAAUUAAUUAAAGAAUCUUAUAAUCUAAUAAAAGAUAGAAAGGACGUAUGUAAUUUCAUAAAUCAAGGUCAAUAUACUCUAGUUUAUAGGAAUUAUGCUACUUUAUACUUUUGUCUUUUAAUAAAUCAACAAGAAAGUCUAUUAGCUAGCUUGGAUUUGAUACACGUUUUGGUUGAGAGUUUAGAUAAACUAUUUGAGUCAGUUUGCGAACUGGAUUUGAUAUUUAAUUUUGAUAAAGUACACUUACUUAUUGAUCAAUUCGUUCAAGGUGGUUUAGUCAUUGAAACAAACGUCAAUCAGAUCGUCAGUAGCUGUGAGUUUUCCAGUUCCUUUGUUUAUAUCUACUAA